GAGGAUGGCGGCGGCGGCGGCGGCGUCGCCGGCGCGGGAGCUCACGCAGAACCCGCUGCAGAAGACGUGGGAGCCCUACGACAACGGGCUGCCGGCGGGGCACAGCGCCCAGCGCGGCGUAUGUAUGACCAAUUGCCCUACUCUGAUUGUCAUGGUGGGUCUCCCAGCAAGAGGAAAAACCUACAUCUCGAAGAAGCUGACGCGCUAUUUAAAUUGGAUUGGAGUGCCUACAAAAGAAUUUAAUGUGGGUCAGUAUCGUCGGGAUUUGGUGAAAAAGUAUAAAUCUUUUGAAUUCUUCUUGCCUGACAAUGAAGAAGGCUUGAAAAUCAGGAAACAGUGUGCCUUAGCAGCGCUGAACGACGUCCGACAGUACCUCAGUGAAGAGAACGGGCACGUGGCUGUCUUUGAUGCUACAAAUACUACUCGAGAACGUAGAGAAACUAUUUACAAAUUUGGUGAAGAAAAUGGAUACAAGACUUUUUUUGUUGAGUCAGUAUGCGUAGAUCCAGAGGUCAUUGCUGCAAACAUUGUGCAAGUGAAGCUGGGUAGUCCUGACUAUGUUGAUUGUAGUAAUGAUGAAGCAACAGAAGACUUCAUGAAAAGAAUAGAGUGCUACAAGAACUCAUAUGAGACCUUAGAUGAAACUCUUGACAAGGAUCUUUCUUAUAUUAAAAUUAUGGAUGUCGGAAGGAGUUACCUUGUGAACAGAGUAAUGGAUCACAUCCAGAGCCGGAUUGUCUACUACCUCAUGAAUAUCCAUGUCACUCCUCGCUCAAUCUACCUCUGUCGACAUGGGGAAAGUGAACUCAAUCUGAAAGGGAGAAUAGGAGGAGAUCCUGGGCUGUCUGUCAGAGGGAAAGAAUUUGCCAAAAGCUUGGCACAAUUUAUUAAUGAGCAAAAUAUCAAAGAUCUGAAAGUUUGGACCAGCCAGAUGAAAAGGACAAUUCAGACUGCUGAAGCCUUGGGAGUGCCUUAUGAGCAGUGGAAGGUUUUGAAUGAGAUAGAUGCAGGAGUGUGUGAAGAAAUGACAUAUGAAGAAAUACAGGAAAAUUAUCCGCUUGAAUUUGCACUGAGAGACCAAGACAAAUACAGAUACAGAUACCCUAAAGGAGAGUCCUAUGAAGAUCUUGUUCAGAGGCUGGAGCCAGUAAUUAUGGAACUUGAAAGGCAGGAAAAUGUGCUUGUCAUAUGUCACCAAGCUGUCAUGCGCUGUCUGCUCGCCUAUUUUCUUGACAAGCCUGCAGAACAACUGCCUUACCUGAAGUGCCCGCUGCAUACUGUCUUAAAGCUAACCCCGGUGGCUUAUGGAUGUAAAGUAGAAUCUAUAUUCCUGAAUGUUGAAGCUGUAAACACACACAGAGAUAAACCUGAGAAUGUAGACAUUUCCAGACCUCCUGAGGACGCUCUUGUAACAGUCCCUGCUCAUCAGUGAAUCCUGUGUGCUGAUCAACUAUCGAACUUGGGAAUGUAGGUGUGGAUCGGUCGAGAGAAGAAGCUUUGAGGACAGUACCCAACCACCUAUAGCUCUGGUUCCUGGGGUGGCAGCCCUUCCUCCAGCACCAGAGGGUGAAGGAGCAGCUCAGGCCCAGGAGAAUGGCGAAGGCUUUGCCGAGCAGGCUGCGGGGCCGCACGCCUCCCUUCACCUCUGGACAUUGCCAAUGUGAUCCUGCCUCUUGGGAGAAAAGGUGCAGGUGUGGAUAACUCCCAGUGCUGAAAGGUAUCAGUACAGAGCUUUGUGGGAAGCAGAGGAGACUUGGGUUUAGAUUUUUUGUAUGUAAAUUUGUGCAGUUUCAGUGGUUUUUAUUGUUCAUCUGUGGAUACUGCAAGAUGGUUAAUUGCCCGUGUCAGUUUUACUGUCAGAUUUUAACUAGAUUUUACUUUCUUUUUUUAAUUGUUUUUCUGAGAGUUCUUCUUAUUUUUACUGUGAAUGAAUGCCUAUAAUUAUGUGGAGAUUUUUCUGAUGACGUAUUUAACAUAGAUGAAAUUCUACAUUUUGAGCAUUGGAGGCUUCAUGUUGCAAAACUACUUUACAUGGUUAAUCCUGUCAGGUCUGAGAGCUUUUCUGUGCUUUAAGGUGAGCUUAGGUGUGCCAGCCACAACUUAAUUUUUUUUCUGAACUGGGGAGACUUUCCCUGGAAAAAAUAAAAGCAUUAAAGCUACAUUCUCUACCUGAAAGAUUCUACUGUUUUAGCAGGAUUUUUACUUUUUCCAGGGGGCAGCUGUACUUUGGAGGGCAGUGGAAGACACAGUAUUAAGUGGGUGACCUGAGUCUAGUAUAGCUGCAGCCCAGUAAAGAAUGGAGAGACAGAGACAACUUUUCUGCUCAUUAAUGGAGGGGAUGAGCAGCUUUUCUUGAGACUGGGAAGAAGGGGACAAGGAUUCAGACUGUCAAGGGCUGAGAGAAGCUGCUUGUGCUAUUAGUGCUGUGAUUUUUAUUUUUUUUCCUUAGGCAGUUUUUGAAAUGAAGUUGAACAUAAAAGUAUAUGUUUCUUUUUUAUAGCUACAUUUAAUACAUACCUCAGGAAACAGUACAAAAAGGUUAGGUGGAGUUUAACCAUACUAACAGCUCAUGCAAGGAGAACACCAGGUAAAUUCUGAAAUUAUUUUUUAAAUGGUGCACUUGCCUUGGGGUUUUCCUGUGUUGUUUUUUAAGCAUCUUCCACUAUGCCAAAUAUUUGCUGCUCUUUUAUACCUUGUGAAACUCCAGUGCUAGAAGUGGAAUUUUCUAUGUUGAGACCACGACCUUUUACCUGUUCUAAAUCAAUGUGUAUUGGUAUGUGUGUUACCAGACAACUGAAGGGAGCUGCCAGCUCUGCUGCUGGCUCUUAGUUCUGAAAUGAGAAGAACUAUUCUUUGGUAGCUGGACUUCUCUUCAAUUAAUUGAGCUUUUACCAUGUCUGUUGUUGGGAUUGUUUUGUUGUUUGUUUGGUUGUUUUUUUCCCCUCAGUUCCUGAGUGAAAUAUCAGGCCCUCAUAACAUAGCUUUGCAGGCAAGGGCUAAAUUGUCUUUUGUUUGUGCAGAGUUUAUGAAGUAAUGUGCUGCUGUUGUGAUUUGUUUAAAUAAGCUAAUUUCAGCAAUACAUUCAGCUCUGGAAGUAAGCCAUACCGUGUCACUGGGUUCCAUGCCAGGAGGGGGAUGUGGAGGGUAUGGAAUGACCAGGAACACUUGCUUCAAGCGCUGCUGUCUAAAGCUUUGUGUGGGCCAUCCAUGUGUUUGGAAGCACCCAUUUCAGAUCUUCAUUGAUUCAGCCAUGUCCCUAGAUAUUGUGUGAGGAGAGAGGCCACACAGUGUUGCUCAGAGAAGAUAAUUUAUUGCUGUGUAGUUAACAAGGCCACCUUCAUGGCAAAAAUGUAGAAGUAAUUUCCCCUCCCGAUUUACUGUGUGUUCAGCGUGGGAAAGCCAGGCUGUGCUCCAGGCAGCCCUUGUUCCUCUAGACCUCACCAUCUAGCCGUGACCAGGAGCUGGUGAACAGUUUAUAAAUUGAGAAAGUCAGAGUUGAUCUGUAGUCACAGAGGGCAAAUCCCAGGAGGCUGUGUUAGAAAAGUGAGUUUUUACCAGCAAACUGUGGUACUUUGUGAACUCGGACCUGACUGAAGAGCUGUGGUGGAAGGAAAAGUUUCCCUUCGUGAGAGCUGAGCCCAGAGGCCUCAUCAAGCGUCGUCUGAGGUGUCUCCUCCUCUCUCCCUUUCUUUGUUUUACCCUUCUCAACUUUCAGAGGUGCUGUAAAAUCCCGAGGCUAAAUGUUUUCUGUAUAGUAGGCAUUUUUAUAGCCUGCUUUUGAAUUUACUGUGAUGAGUGUUUUGCUAAAUUGGGUGUUCAGUAAAAAAGAAUUGUAUACAAGUGUAAAUAAGCUGUUAUGCUGAUACUUGAAGAGAAAAAAAAGUUACGAAGUUGUCUGUUCUGCUUUAGGAAGGUACUCAAUCUCUGACUGCAUCCAAGCAUUGCUAGCUGGCGAGAGUAAGUGCAGACAAAGAAUGUUGAUUUGAAGGGAGUGACCGGGUCUCCCAGGGUGUAACCACCUUUCUGGAAAGACACUGUCAAGAACUGUAGGUUAUUGUCUAAAAGCUGCAUACGUCCCCCACCUCCUGACUGAACCGUCCCUGCCAGGGAGAGGAAAACCCUUGUCCUGACCUUGUGUAUUUGUCCCCAUGUUUAUUUUACUGCCUCCUGACUGUUAAUGCACUUGCUAGCUCAGAUGCAGUCUCUCAAAUGGGAUUAAACUGUCUUUUCUUACAUCGUUGGCCUUCGUCGUAAUCUUUCAGACAAAUGUAAUCAUUUGACCUUUGAUCCAAGAAAUAAAGAUCAAAUGGUACAUGA